UGUCUCUCAUUUUUGAAGUACCGAAACGGGUCUCAAUAAAAUACUGAAACUCGAUACGGCGCCCUUACUCUCCCCCAACCUCCCUCCAAUCCAUCAACCGCCGCGAUAGCUCCAUAGAGCUCGCUUCCGCCACCGCACACCAUCCUCCGAAUCCCGCCAAAUGCUUUCAAGACUAGUUCAACCAAUCAGUCAUCAUCUCCUCCAAAGAACCACAACUUUCCGUGUUCUAUGCUCGACUUUCUCUAUCUGCGACGAUCUUCCAAAGAAGCUCAAGAAGUUUGAGAGGAAACCAUUGGUAACGAGUAUUAACGAACUCAAACGACGAGGUAGGGAGAAGAGAAAGGAGAGACAAAAGGUUGAUGAGAUAGUUUUACAGUCUCCGGAAAAUGGCUUGUUGGUUCAGAGAUUAGUUCCUAUCGCUAAGGAAGUUUAUACUGCUAGAUCUGAAUUGUUGUCCUGUGUUUCUAUACUUGUGAAGUUUAUUGCUAUUUAUUCAUGCAGCAUAUGUGGAGAAGUUCAUGUUGGUGAUCCACCACAUCAAAUUAGAACAUGUAAUGUUAGAGGAAGCUUGUCAAGCAAAGAACACAGUUGGGUCAAAGGUGGUAUUGAACAUAUUCUGCCUCUUGUUGAGUCAUUUCAUCUGUAUGAUAGAAUUGGGAGGGCUGUUUCACAUAAUGAAAUGCUUCAAGUGGACCGAAUUCCAGCAAUUGUUGAAUUGUGUAUCCAGGCAGGUGUUGACAUACCUGAGUACCUUACCAGGAGAAGGACCUUUCCUGUUUACUGUGUUGCUGGUCGGAUAAUCGACUUUGAGAAAAGAUUUCCUAAAGAAAUUUCUCUUGACAAAGAUAUAGACGAAUAUGGAUUUCCAUAUAAGAAAAAGAGAUUGGAUGAAGACUCAAGUUCUAGGGAAAUGCAUUGUGAUGACAUCCAAGCUGUUGCUAUCCGAGGCAUGAAAGCCUGGAAGAAAAUGUGCUCCGGAGCUUCAAAACUUAUGGAGAAAUAUGCAGUACAAACUUGUGGAUACUGUCCAGAGGUACAAGUGGGACCUAAAGGUCAUAGAGUGCGGAAUUGUCAAGCUUACAAACACCAAAUGAGGGAUGGGCAGCAUGCAUGGCAGGAGGCUACAAUAAACGAUUUUGUGCCUCCUGUAUAUGUCUAUCACAUUCAAGAUCAGCAACCUAAUAAGCCUUUGGUAAAUGAGUUGAAAAGAUACUAUGGUAUGUUACCCGCAGCUGUCGAGCUAUUUUCACAGGCUGGAGCGCCAGUUGAAAAGAAUUAUGCACAUUCAAUGAGGGUAGAUGUUGUAGUACCUGAUAUGGAUGAGGAAAAGUGGGUUGUUUAGAGCAAAUCUGUCGAAUGACUUCCUGUGCAUGGAGGAACCGUUUGGGCAUUGGAAGAGUCUAAUUUAAAAAUUAAGGUAUAAUUUAUUUCAAAUUGCAAAGAUUUUGAAUGUGGGCAAAGAUAGAUGAUGUAUAUAGUGGGUGAUCAGGAACGGAUAGUUUGAUAAUAAGUACAUUGGACUAAGUUAUCUUGGAUUCUGCUGGCAACUAAAUUCUGCAGUCUUGAUAAUAUGGAACACGUUUGCUUUUGACACCAAUUGAAGGUUAUAAACUUGGAUUUCUUGUUUGGAUUCUUUUGAGAAUAGGUCUUUAUCCCUCUACAAAUCUCAUUGGUUAGUGGUUACUUUAUUUAGUUUCUUGUCUACUAAAACCAAAGAAAACCUUAGACUACUGGAUUAGUUUAGUAUUUUUCUGGUGUACAAAAUACACGGAGAUUAGCAUCAACAGUAAUUAGUUUCUAGUUCCAGCUCCACCAGUUUCUUAGAAUGGUAUGUUCUCUAUUUUUUCGUAAAGAUUUUUUGCUUAUUUUCUCAAAUGCACCUUGGUUAUGUUGAGUGAGUGAUUGUUAUACAUUCUCUAUCUGAAACUCUGAAUUGCUUAUUUUCUACUUUUUUUUUGUUCAUCGAUAUCUUCUCUAUCCUUAUUCAUUGGCCCAAUGGAGCUUGAUUUGUUCUGUUGAUGGUGGAUUCCGCAAGGCAUCAAACUGUCAUUUGAGAGGAGAUGGAAGAAGCUAUCACCAAGAAGAGUAAUGAUUCAAUUAAGUUGUUUGAUCAAAAGAUCUAUAGCUCGGUUACAGGAUAUGUUUUUGACAUUGUUGUUUGGGCAAGGAAAUAAUAGAGGAUUUUCAGAAUCUUGUGGGUUCAUUACCAAUGUAGGAAACUGAACCAGCAAGGUCCUUUCACUCUUGGUACUUCAUAAACUCUUCAUUUUCUUUUAGGAUAUCAAAUGUAUAAUUCCCAAGAUUAAUUGAUGAAAAUGUUAAUGAAUGCCUAAGUAAAUGCGAUCAAUUUGUUUUUGCUUGACAACACUGAUGGAAUGCAUUACUUUGGCAUCAUGUUUUAUUGUCGAAAAGUGAUUCUAAUGUGUUUAGAAGUUAUGUUGCAAUAUAAUAGUUAAUCUGUCUAAAUAGAACAAAUUUUAAACCUAAGAGUUUUGCUUAACGAGCCACAUACUAAGCGAAAGAUAGUGUUCAUGCUUGGGCAAGAGCGUCUAUCUCUUUUUAUCUCUUUUGCUCGCAUUGAUUUCUGUAUUAUGAAUUUAUAUGUUAAUUAUAUGGAUUAAUUUGGUUUGAAGGGCUACAUUCUACGAUAUAAAAGUA